AUGACGGUCUCUACUCUCGUCCUGCGGAUCCGCAGCUCCUUCCAAUACCCACCUACUCUACACCCAUCCCCCAUCUCAUCCUCCUCCAUCCUGGCGUCCCCACGACUCCUCAAGCUCGCCUUCACCGCCGCCUUCCUCUUCGUCUCCAUCACCCUCAUCCUGGCGUCCGGCCGCAUCAGCACCCGCCUGACGUCGCUGGUCGGCCAUCUCACGCCCUCAAAGCUUUCCUCAGCUACGUUUACUUCGGUGCGCCCGCUCACGACCGCGACGAUGGCGCCCGCGAGGUACCGGAACCCGCCGCAGGCGCCGCCCAAGUUCACCGCGACGCCGGGCUCGCUGAUUGAGGACACGAAAAAGCUGAUCGAGCGGUCACGAAACGUCCAAGAUGCGGUUGCGAACCUCACCAAAGACUCCGCCUCCUUCGACAACGUGCUCCUCCCCAUGGCCCACGACGAUAACGAAAUGGGCAUCGAAGCGCACAUCAUCGGCUUCUACCAAGCCGUGUCUCCCGACAAGUCCCUCCGCGACGCCUCAACCGACGCGGAGAAGCUGCUCGACGACUUCGGCAUCGAGUCCAUCAUGCGCGAGGACGUGUUCAACAUGGUCGACGCGGCCUCCAAGAAGGACGAGAAGCUCGACCCGGAGUCCGCGCGCCUGCUCGAGAAGAACCAUAAGGCGUACAUACGCAAUGGGCUCGGUGUACCGGCGGGGCCGAAGCGGGACCGCUUCAAGGAGAUCAAGAAAAGGCUGAGCGAGAUCGGGAUUCAGUUUCAGAAGACACUGAACGAGGAGAAUGGCGGGCUAUGGUUCACACUGGAGGAGCUUGACGGACUACCCAAAGACAUUCUCGAUAAUCUGGAGAAGGGUCAAGGGGAGAAUGAGGGCAAGGUUAGAUUGACGUUCAAGUACCCGGAUUACUUCCCAACUAUGAAGUAUGCCAAGCGCGCCGACGUCCGCCAGAAGGUCUUUCUGGAAAACGAGAACAAAUGCAAUAGCAACGUCCCGCUGUUCCGGGAAGCGAUUGUGCUGCGCGAUGAAGCAGCGCGGAUACUUGGGUAUGAGAAUCACGCACAAUUCCGCAUUGAAGACAAAAUGGCGAAGACGCCGAAGACAGUCGAUGACUUCUUGGGUGAUCUCCGAGAGCGAUUGGCCCCUGGCGGUGUCCAAGAAAUCAGCAAGCUACUCAAGCUAAAGGAGGAGGAUCUCAAGAACCGCGGCCAGGAGAAAGAAUUCGACAACCGGUACUACCUGUGGGACCACCGCUUUUACGACCGACUCAUGCUCGAGAAAGACUACUCGCUCGAUCACGAAAAGAUUGCAGAGUACUUCCCACUAGGCACUACAAUCCGCGGCAUGCUCCACAUUUUCGAAGAGCUCUUCGGCCUAGCCUUCGUCGAGAUCACGGGCGAAGACCGCGACAGAAUCUCAGAAACCAAGAAAAGCUCCGACAUCGUCUGGCACGAGGACGUCCAACUCUUCAGCGUGUGGGACGACGAGGGCGAGGGUAGCGGUUUCGUCGGCUAUCUUUACCUCGACCUGCACCCGCGCGAGGGCAAGUACGGGCACGCAGCAAACUUCAACCUUCAGCCGGGCUACAUCAACGAGAAUGGGAAGCGACGCUAUCCCGCCACGGCGCUGGUCUGCAACUUCUCGAAGCCGACGCCCAAGAAGCCGAGUCUGCUGAAGCACGACGAGGUGGUGACACUGUUCCACGAGCUCGGCCACGGCAUCCACGAUCUCGUGUCCAGGACGACAUACUCGCAGUUUCACGGCACCAAUACCGUUCGCGACUUUGUCGAGGCGCCGAGCCAGAUGCUGGAGAACUGGUGCUGGACGCCCUCGCAGCUGAAGGCACUGAGCCACCACUACUCGUACACGUCGCCCGAGUACAAAGCCGCAUACGAGGAGAGCGCCGACUCGAAAGACAAGCCCGAGGAGCGCAUCCCGGACGAGCUGAUCUCGAACCUCAUCAAGGCCAAGCACGUCAACGAUGCGCUGUUCAACCUGCGCCAGCUCCACUUCGGCAUCUUCGACAUGACGGUGCACGAGCCGAAGAGCCACGCCGAUGUCGAGAAGCUCGAUGUCACGGAAACGUAUAACAGGCUGCGCAAGGAGAUCUCGAAACUCGACGGGCCCGAGGUGUUUGGCGACGGCAAGAAUUGGAAGUGGGCAAACGGCGAGGCGACCUUUGGACAUCUGAUUGGUGGGUACGACGCCGGAUAUUACGGUUAUUUAAGCUCCCAGGUCUACUCCGCAGACAUGUUUUACACCGUCUUCAAGGCGGACCCGAUGAACGCGACUGAGGGCCGCAGGUACAGACAUACUGUCCUCGAGCGCGGCGGCAGCCAGGACGAAAUGCAGACGCUGGUUGACUUUUUAGGCCGGAAGCCGAGCACAGAGGCGUUCUAUAAGGAGCUGGGGUUGAGUGGGUAG